CCUCGCUAAUUAUAUUAAGCCUAAGGACCACCAGACCACUGCUUUGCGGCCGCCAUUAGAGCUCCUCUCAAACCAGCUUCUCUCGGAAGAAAGAGAAGCGGGAAAAGAGAUAGAGAGAGCGAGAGAGAUGGCGGAGCAGAACGGAAAGGCUGCCACCGGCGGUGCGGCCGUGGUGGUGGAGGUCAAUAACCUACGGUUCACCUACCCCGGGAUCGACGGGCAUCCGCCGCCGGGUUCAAAGCCCAUCAUCGAUGACUUCUCCCUCUCCCUUCGCGCUGGAGACCGCUGCCUCCUUGUCGGAUCCAAUGGAGCAGGGAAGACGACGAUACUGAAGAUAUUAGGGGGGAAGCACAUGGUGGAGCCGGAGAUGGUUCGGGUGUUGGGGCGGUCGGCCUUCCACGACACCGCUCUCACCUCCUCUGGCGAUCUUUCCUACCUGGGUGGAGAGUGGAGGCGAGAUGUUGCUUUUGCUGGUUUUGAGGUCACGAUACAGAUGGAUGUUUCGGCUCAGAAGAUGAUAUAUGGAGUUUCUGGCAUUGAUCCUCAAAGGAGAGAGGAAUUGAUUAAGGUUUUAGAUAUUGAUCUCUCAUGGAGAAUGCAUAAAGCAUCAGAUGGUCAAAGAAGACGAGUUCAAAUUUGCAUGGGCCUUCUUAGACCAUUUAAGGUCCUUCUUCUGGAUGAGAUUACUGUUGACCUAGAUGUUCUGGCAAGGGCCAAUCUUUUGAGAUAUCUUAAGAAGGAAUGUGCAGAACGAGGAGCAACAAUUAUUUAUGCAACGCAUAUUUUUGAUGGUCUUGAAGAUUGGCCAUCACAUAUUGUAUAUGUUGCACAUGGAAAAUUGCAGUUGGCAUUGCCUUGGGAAAAAGUGAAAGCAAUGAGUAAUUUAUCUCUAAUGAGAACAGUGGAAAGUUGGCUUAGGAAAGAGAGGGAUGAGGAUAGGAAGAGAAGAAGGGAAAGGAAGGAGAAAGGUCUUCCAGAACAUGAUAAGUCAGUUGAAGGCAGCAGGGUUGUAGGAGACCCUGCUCGAAGUGCAGUUCGAGUUAUGAACAAUGGUUGGGCUGCUGGGAGACUGCAUUCCACCAUAGCAGGCGAGGAAAAUUUCUUCUUCAGUUCAAAUCGUGUUCUCAGGCAAUGAUGAUAGGCAUGCUUCUUUUAUUCUCUUUUUAUGUGAAAAUUUAUUUAUCUAUUAUUCAUUUGACAAACAAUGUUAUACCAAGUCUAGGUCCCAAAAUUUUAGCCCUUCAUAAAUCAGAAAGAUGGCCUCUUUAUAUUCAAGAAAUAAGUAAUCCAAUAUUAAAGUAUUUGAGAUGCAAA